AUGAAGAAGCUCAAUAGAAAAGGCAAGGUGCACCCAUCAGCGGCAUCAUCAACCACCAUCGCUGACCAGUAUUUAACGUUACUCCCGGCAACUAUCCUAACCCUAGCUACAACUCUCUCACCUGAAGACAAACAAGUAUUGGCAUAUCUCCUCUCAUGCUCUGGCUGCACUAACACCACCACUGCUGAUCGCUUCAAUAAAACUACCGAGCAAAGUAGCGUUCGUGUUGAUGGUGGCGGCGGUGACCAUGCGCCUGUGUUUGAAUGCAACUGUUUUAGAUGUUACAUGAGUUUUUGGGCUCGUUGGGACACGUCACCGAACCGUCAACUUAUACAUGAGAUUAUAGAGGCCUAUGAGGAAGGAUUGGCUAAAGAAAAGAAGACUCUGAGGAGGAAGAAGAGGGGGAAUUCAAGGAAGGGAGUUUCUGAUGAGUCAAAAAAUGGUGACAAGGACGAGUGUGGUGAUUCAGGCUCGUCGCUGAAGGUGACUUCUGGUGUUGGGACUGAUGCCACUGCCGCCGCAGAGAACCUUGAUCUGGUUGGUGGUGGUGAAGACGGUGAUAAGGUGGAAUUGGAGAAAGGGUCUUUGAGAAAGAUUGUGAGCUUCCUCGGAGAAAGAAUUCUGGGAUUUUGGCAUAAGAAUUAG